UCCUCAGCAGCUCUGUACUGGCCUUGGCUCUGCUUCUGGGGGAAACUUAAUAAAUAAAAAUCGAAGAUUUCUGGUCAUUUAUUUGUUCACAUGUGUUCAAGAGGAGAUGAAGUCUAUUGGAUCUUGCAUAGGAUGGCUUUGGUUUGCAGUCCUCCUCCUCCUUCCUAUGUCUCAUUCUACCAUAGUCACUGGCAAGCCAGCUCCUGAGUGCCCAAUAUUGAAAGCAGAAGGACAUCACUUCACCCAUCUGUGCAAAGAAAACUUAAGGGUUUCAGGUUUUGAUUUAGCAGAAAGCUUCUCUUUGAGGCAGACUUCAUGUGGAGUUGAAAAACCAUGUUUUAAACUGGGGAAUGCACCUCUUAUCAAAGAUUUUCAGCAAUUGUUUCCAAAUGGGUUCCCAGAAGAAUACUUCAUAACAGCCACAUUCCGUGUCAGAAGAAACAGCAAAAGAGAACGCUGGUAUUUACUGCAGAUUUUAGAUCAGCAUAAUUUGCCACAGGCUUACAUCUCAGUUGAUGGUUUAAAAAAAGCUAUAGAGUAUGUCAUGCAAUCUACCCAGCGGAACUCCCUGCGCUAUGUCUUUAAAAGCCGCAAAAUCUAUCCUAUCUUUGACCGUCAAUGGCAUAAGCUUGGCAUCAGUGUACAAUCAAGGAAGAUUUCUCUUUAUGUGGACUGCAGCUUAAUUGAACAAAGGAUGACUGAGGAAAAAGCCAACCCUGACACUCAGGGAAAGAUUCUCAUUGCUACUCAUUAUUUAGAUGGCAAACCUGUGGAUAUUGAACUUGGCCGCCUGAUCUUACACUGCGAUCCAAGCCUUGCUCCUCAGGAGAACUGUUGUGAAUUAUCUGAGCAUGUGCAUCCUUUGGAGAAAAGCUUGAAAACUACUGCAGCAUCACCAUCCGUCGGUCACAUUGGUAAAAUACAAGCUCUUCCAAUUAUGGAAAAAAAUUCUGAAGAAAAGUGUUUCUGCUCUCAGAACAAGGGAGAAGCAGGACGGCCAGGUGUCGUUGGUCUGCCAGGCCAGAAGGGAGAAAAGGGUGAAGAAGGAGCUAAAGGAGAAAAUGGCAUUCCUGGUUUGCCUGGAACAAAGGGAGAAGAGGGUCUGAUUGGUGUUCCUGGUAUUCCUGGUACUUCUGGUGAAAAGGGUGAAAAAGGAGAAAACGGAAUAGAUGGCAUACCUGGAAGAGAUGGCUUAAAAGGUGAUGUUGGUGAUCGUGGAAUAACUGGUGCAAAGGGAGAAAAGGGUGAUAUGGGACCUCCAGGACCUGCUGCCCUUGCAAGUGUGCCAGAAAUAGAAGGCCCCCAAGGCCCACCUGGAAAAGAAGGUCAGCGGGGACGAAGAGGCAAACCAGGACUCCCUGGAACAGCAGGACCACCAGGACCACCUGGCCCUCCAGGUGCUCCAGGAUUUCAUUACUCCUUUAAAGGGCAGAAUUAUCAGAGUCUUCGAGAUGAAAAGGGAUUAAAAGGUGCAAAAGGAGAAAAAGGAGAACCAUCUGAAAAAGGAGAAAAGGGGGACUCUGGUGAAGCAGGAGAGUCUGGUCCUCCAGGGUCUAUUGGAAAUCCAGGACCUUGGGGAAUUCCAGGACCACCUGGCCCCAGAGGAUCUUCAGGAGAAAUGGGUUUACCAGGAGAAAAUGGAAUACCUGGAAAACCAGGGAUUAAAGGAGAAAAGGGAGACUCUGGUGGAAUCAUAGGCCCACCUGGGCCUCCAGGUUCUAAAGGUGACCCAGGGCCUCCAGGAUUAAGUCUUCCAGGAAAACCAGGAUUAGCUGGCGUUCCUGGGACAAUAGGUCCACGAGGGCCUAAGGGAGAAAGAGGGCUUCCUGGGGUGCAGGGUCCUCCAGGAGAGAUGGGGCCAGCAGGGAAUGGAACCCCCGGACUACCUGGUCUUAGAGGGCCUCCUGGGACACCAGGAUACCAAGGACCAAGAGGGCCUCCUGGAUUACCUGGGACUCCUGGAACUCCUGGCCUUAAUGGUAUUCCAGGACGAGAUGGAAAGCCAGGAAUCCCAGGCCCUCCAGGUGACCCAGUUGCUCUUCCUCUCCUUGGUGAUAUAAGUACUUUAUUAAAGGGAGAUCCAGGUCCAAGAGGUCCCCCAGGGAUCCCAGGAAGAGAAGGGUCAAAGGGGAGCAAAGGGGAACGUGGAUUUCCUGGUCUUCUGGGAGGAAAAGGUGAUGAGGGCCUUCAAGGAAUUCCAGGCCUGCCUGGUGUGGCAGGACCACUAGGGCCUCCUGGCGCAAUAGGAAGACCUGGACAUCCUGGUUCACCAGGGACAAAAGGCGAGAAGGGAAAUGAGGGUUCUCCUGGGAAGCCUGGACCACCUGGUAUGUCAUAUAGUGAAAGUAAUGGCAUGAGCAGCUUAUAUAAACUACAGGGAAGUUCUAGUUAUGCUGGUCCCCCUGGGCCCCCUGGCCCAAAGGGGGAGCCUGGAGCAGUGGGUGAAGCGGGCCCAAUGGGACUACCAGGGUUAGAAGGACUACCAGGAGAAAAGGGUGACCAGGGAUCUUUGGGUUCUCCAGGAGUUCCAGGAAUACCUGGAAAACAUGGCGCUCCGGGGCCACCAGGAAUCCCUGGAGAACCUGGUGAAAGAGGCCCUGUUGGAGAGGUUGGCUUUCCAGGGCCAGAAGGGCCACCAGGAAUACCAGGCUUAAGUGGGAAAGAUGGAUUACCUGGUCCUCAGGGUUUAAUGGGUAAACCUGGUGAUAGAGGCCCCAAAGGAGAACGUGGUGAUCAAGGUAUACCUGGAGACAGGGGCCCACAAGGUGAAAGAGGAAAGCCAGGCCUACCAGGAGACCAAGGGCCCCUAGGACCUACUGGAUCUGCAGGGCAAAAAGGCAGUCUAGGACCUCCAGGAGCAAAGGGCUCUCCGGGUGUCCCAGGAACUCCAGGAAUACCAGCUGAUUCAAUUUCAUUUGAGGAAAUGAAAAAAUAUAUCAGACAGGAGGUUCUUAGAGUUUUUGAAGAGAGGAUGACUCAGUUUGUGUCUCAGCUGAAGUUGCCUGCUGCUAUGCUAGCUUCCCAAACUCAUGGGAAGCCAGGUCUUCCAGGAAAAGAUGGAUUAGCUGGGCCACCUGGGGAACCUGGACCACCAGGCUACAGAGGACAAAAGGGUGAAAGAGGUGAGCCUGGAAUUGGCUUGCCAGGUGAUCCUGGCCCACCUGGUCCUACAGUUACCGGUAUGCAAGGCCCACCUGGAGCUCCAGGAGAACCAGGUGUGCAGGGACUACCUGGCCAUGCAGGAAGAUGCAAUCCAGAAGAUUGCUAUUACCAAGUUUCUCAAAGUCAGUCCCAAACAACUGGGAAAUGAACACCUAUUUUGGAUAUGUUUUAAUUCCUCAGUUAUCUUUUCCUCACUUCUUCCCCCAUCUCCCCUAACAAAUUCUGAAAUUUCAGUUUUAAACUAUUGGUGAAUUUCUUUCUAUGUAUAUUUUACAGAUCAUCUCAGUGGAACAUUUCAUCUCCAGAUUAAGCCAAUACUGAGAUGUUGUUUUCUUGAGUUCAUUCCAUAUGUUUAUACGUUUAGUGUAUUUUUCUUUAGCAAAUUGUGCAUCAUGAUGGCCUGUUGACUUCUUAAUGGUAUUUCAGUUUAUGAUUUUUUUUAAAAAAAAAGUGAGUUUCUUACUUUUACCUUUAGCACAGAAGCCAUAUUGCGUUUUCUUUUGCUGGAUGUCUCCUUGCAGUUCCAUCUAUUAAAUGAUAAAUAUGAUUUAUAAUACAGUAGAAUUUUGAAGUUUUUCUAAAGAUUUGGCUAAAAAUCUAAAUAGUGACUGGCAUUUUCCUUGCUCCUGUCAUUCUAAUGCAAUAUGGUAAGAUCUGCAAGAUCUACAUUUCUGAAUGACCUAAAAGACUUUUGAGCAAGGUUAUCAUAUUUAGCUGCAAAUUUGGAACAACUGCAAGACAGUAGCAAAGUGAUAACAGAAAACUCUAAGUCCAGCAAUGCUCUAGGUAUUGCAGAUAAGAUCUGGCUUUGUCGGAUCUGAGUCUCUCUCCCAUUAAUUGUUACUCGGGGAGAAAUGUCGUAAAUUCAGACAGCACAUAGUAAACUACAACUCAAGUUCUAUACUCACAUUAUCGAAAGCUAGCUGUGAGCACGUUUUUUACAUUUUCCUCCCUAUAAGGAACUGCUUGUAGGGUUUUCCCUGCAUAUGGGAAAAAGAGCCUGAUUAUUAGAAGCUAGUUUAGUUCUCAGCGGGACUGCUGGUAAUAACUUGUCCUAGUUAAAAUAUACAUUUGUCAGUCAGCUAUCCUACAGGGUCUUAUAUCUAGGUUGAUGAAUAUAGUAAUUAUAAUACUGUGCAAGUCCAAUCAUCUCCAAUCUAUAGUCCUGUCAAUACCAUUUGGUAAAUUAGACCAAAUAGCCACAAGAAGACUGGAAGGAAUCUCACUUUGUUUUUUCAUAUAACUUCAUUAUUUUUUUAAAAAGAAAAAAAAAUAGAAGUAGCUUUUGUUGAAGUUAGCUACAGCAACAGAACCUUUGGGUCUUCUUCAGCUCUAUCUUCUCUUCCCUCCACCCCCACCAAAUCAGGGAGACAUCUGCUUAACCCACUUUUAAAUAUUAUCUUGUUUUCCAGAACUUUUAAAAAAUGUUUUAGCCACCUUUCCUUGCAUAGUUCUACCAAGGUCAUUUUUCUUAUUCUCCACAAAUCCUUCAUCAUGAUGUUCCAUUGCCUCCAGCCAACAUGCUUUUUAUAGACAGUGGAGUAUUGUUCAGUACUAUAGACCUAAAGAACAAAAGAUUAUGGAAGAUUGCACAAAUGUAAUGUAUUUUCAAGGUUUAUUGUAAUAUAAUCAGGACAUUAGCUCAGAUAAAAUUCUGACAGACUCAACAGAGAAUUUCUGCAGGUAGUUGUAGUUUGGAAAGAAGUAUCUAUCAUCUUACAUCCUGAUCAGCGAUAUUUGUUGGGCUCCUCUUUUUUUAUUGAACGGGUAAGAAAAUCAGAUGUUCAGAAGAACAGCUGAACAUCAGCAAUCCCACUCAGCUCAUAUAUAUUGACAUAAGAUAGGCUAGUUAGCAGUACACACAACUUUUCUCUGAAAAAUUCAGGGAUUGAAGCAGAUUCCCAUUUCAUUUAUCUUGAGGAGAAGAUGAUUGUAUAAAGUGAAGUUAAAUAAACAGAGAUAUACAGUAGCAUUAGUUAAUGAAUAGCAUUGGCAUUUAGGACUAAUGAAAACAAUGGCCGUCCCCUGGAUUAAUUUCUAUUUUAAGAAAUUAACUGGACUUUUUAGCUCUUCCUGGAAUAGAUUUAUCUAUAUCAAAUCUAUUUUUUUAAAAAAAGAAGAAGAAGAAGAUGUAAUUGAGAACCUAUAGUGGGCAAUUUGUUGGCAGCUGCAGCCCAUAGUAGAGUAGAUAGUGAUAUAAUUUAUUCUAAAUGUGUUCUGAAGUUGUAUCAUUGUCCUGUUUUGAUGGAACAAAAGGACAUCUAUAUUUCAGUACUGUAAGAUGGACUGCUGGAUAGCUAUAAUGUUUGGCAGGAUUUUGUUUUGAGAUGUUAAUCUUGUUUUAUUUAAACAUUUCUAGUGAUUCCCAAUUUAAUUCAGAUUUUCAUUUUUUAAAAAUUUAGAAUUUAUUUUAUUUAAACCUUGCUAUGAGAAUAACUAUAAGUGCUAUAUUUUGACAAGCUUCUGUAAAAUGUCACAUUUUGGAAAUAUAUAGAGCAGCUGAGAUUAUAUAUAAUAUGACGCUUUGUGUAUAUUUUGACUUUUCACUGAGUGAAAUAGAAAUGAUAAAUUAUUUAGCAUUUUACAUAAAAGUAAAAGUAUAAUACUUGAAUUGAUCAGAAAAACAAUUUAUAUAUUUUGGAAAAAAUACAUUCAAUUCAUAUUGCUUUUAUUUUUAUUUGCCUGUGUUUGGUAAUUAUAUUUCUUAGAAAAAUCGUUUGUUCUGGAUUUUAUUAGGUGAUUAGGAUAAAUGUAAGUUGUUUUUUUCUCUUGGUUUCCUUCCUGAGAAAGGAAACUGUUGAAGAUAUUGUGUAGUUUUUUACAAGAAGCAGGCCAAACUCAAAGAUUGCUUAAAAACUUCCAUGAAUUGAAGUACAUCAAGAUUUCUGUUCUUAUCCUUAAAAUCUACAUUUGUGUGUGUGUAUGUCAAAUUUCAGUUCAUUUUCACAUUUUGAAGAGUGUAUUGCUCUUUAAACCCAGAUAACCUAGUUUGUUUUUCUAGUGCCUUCGCAUAGUUUUUAAAUAAUAAAAACUUUAUUCUAAUAUUUUAUUAAAAUAAAUUAGGUAUUAGUCUGAGCAGCCUAUUUGAACUAUAGCUAGUGAUAUUUUGAGGCAUGCAUAUUUUUAUUGUUUGUGUGCCACACAGCAGGCAGCUGCAAUAACUUUACAUUUAAAAAAAAUAUUUUCUUUCUCUACCAGUAGAAUCAAUCAUUUCUGAAACUAUUAAGUGAUACUGAAAUCAUAAACUGAAAUACAGAGGAUAUAUUCAGAUAGAAUGCUACAAAUCAAACCUCUGUGGAGAAAAAAGGGGUAUUUUCGUAUUUAUGCACCCUUUUAAACAGGCUGCAAGAACGAAUAGGAAACUAGUGGAUGUCAUACUACUGUCUAUGGAUCUAAGGCAGGGGUGUCAAACUCAGAACGUCAUGUGACGUGUGGUGGCGUAUCGUGACUUUUUUUCCAUUGCCGGCAAUAGGAUGGGCGCGGUUUCGCCAUGAUGCAUCCAGCCUGUCGGCCGCCAGUUUGAUACCCCUGAUCUAAGCUCUGUAAACAAGACUAAGUGAUUGAAUGACAGAAGUCUUACAUUGGAGCAUCCACAGUUAGUCUACUUCUGCAGAUGGAAUCCAUAUACACAACCACUUAGUAAAUUGUAAGCAUGGAAGUUGGGACAUUCAAUUUAAGAAUGGACUCCAGCAAAACUACACACAGAAUUAGGAAUCUGUUUUUAGAUCUAUCUAUCUAUCUAUCUAUCUAUCUAUCUAUCUAUCUAUCUCUUUCCCCCCAUUUCCAGAAAGAAAGGAUUAUUAUUACACCAGUACACAAUAUGUCCUUGAAUCUGGAAUAAUGAGGGCAAAUUUUAUUGGAAGCGCCUCAAUUUACCCUAUGGUAUCUUGCACUGAUAUCUCUCGAGAUACACAAAAGCUGCUUUCUUCUCUGUCCCCCAACACUUUUUCUGUUUCUUAGCCAAUUACUAGAACUUUAUAGCAUGAAGCACUCUUUCUUUUUAACUUAUGAAUAUAAUUUAAUAGAGUUUGAACUCUAUAAAUGCAUAUGACAUGAAACUGUGCACUAAAUAAUAAAUAACCUUGUUCCAAGUUUCCUUUUUUGUUUUUUGUCUUUACAAGAUAAUAUAUUUAUUUUAUUUUAUUUGGUCUUAGAGUUAAUGUAUAAAUAAGGGAACAAUUCAGGCAAGGUUAUAUUUGGUUUUUUUCCUUUAAGUCUCAUUGUUUUCAUCAGGAGAUAAGCAGAUUUUUUUUAUCUCCCCUUUGAAUCAAAGGGAUUUGAUAAUGCUUAUCUUUGGCUAGAUAAUCCUCAUUCUGUAUUUUUUCCCCCUCCGGAAUAGUUUGAACAUAAUCAUCAUUUAUUUAACGUAGUUUGUACAUAAUAAGGUAACAAAGCCUUGGGCACAAUCUUGCCCCUUCCACAUCUGCAUCUUGUAUAAAUGGGGUGGAAUCUCUACUGGGUUCUGUGGAUCCCCACUUUGUUCCACAUUUCUUUAUGGGAGCAGUAGUAUGCAUUUCAAUCUUUACAUAAAUAAAAAUGCCUUGAUAAUGUUGUGGAAGCUUUAUGCUAUUUAUCUCAGAUAUUAAAUUUUAAUAUCAAUAUUUUUAUAUAAAAAGUUGAUUUGGUUUUAGCUAAUAUAUACCUGGGUGUUUGCUUUCCUUGCCUUUAAUUUAGCUUACACUUUAUUACCACAUGCAAAUGUGUUUGAUAUAAAUACAUACCUCUGAUAACCAUUAAGGAAACACAGGCCGUUAUGAUGAUGGUUUUAAGCUUUCAACUGCAAAAGUUUUUGAAUGAAUUUUAAAACUGUAAGGAAAGAUGAUAAAUAAAAUAGACCAAAUGGAUGUACACAUUUUACAGAAACCAAAAUGAAUGUCAUAAUCUAACAAUGAAAGGUACUUAAUUCUCUGAUCUUUUGAAUUUGAGCAGGCUUACUUUACUGAUAGAUUAUGAUCUAGGUGCAUUGUUGGUGUUUUCUUUUAUAAAAUACAGAUGCGUUUAAAUUAUUUUCUGAACUUUUCUAUGUAAAUAUUUAUUUAUCUCAUGUGCUCAUAACAAUUGAUGGAGGCAUAUUUCAUUGUUGCCUUUUCAUUACUGAAUAAUAUUGCCUUAUUAUUGUUCUUAUAUCUCUAUUUUUGUUUUCUUCAAAUCUACAAGUGAGAACUUCACUAAUUUGCAUAUGUUAACUUAUCUGCUUUGGUCUUAAAUGAAUUUUGAAUGGCACUGAACUGAACCCGACAGAUUUUUGUUUUGUUUUGUUUUGUUUUAUUUGUGUGUGUGUGCAUUUAUAAUAAUGAACAUGUGGUUAUUUACUUUUAAAAUCAGCCACAUUUAAUUUGUAGUUGGUUCAGAAUUUUAUAAAAUUCCAUUUCAAAAGUUUUGAUAGAAUUUGUAUUUCCACUUGGUUUAUAUUGUUAAAUUUCAUUCAGCAAUUUCCAUUAUAUUUCAUUCUCUUAUCAGUUUCUUCUG